UAGUUUUUCAUUUUCACAAAUAUGAAAGUUUUCUUGUCUAAUCAGAAAAUGAGCUUCCUUCUUCGUUCCAUCUCUUUCCUUUUUCUCGUUUCAAGUUUUCUAAACACGUUUGUUUCUUCUACACAACACUUGUGUCAUUCUGACCAAAGGGAUGCUCUUCUUGAGUUUAAGACUGAGUUUUUGAUCCAGAAACCUGAUUGGGUUGAUUCAGAUGUGUUUUCUUAUCCGAAGACAGAAUCAUGGGUGAAUAAAAGUGAUUGCUGUUCUUGGGAUGGUAUCACGUGUGCUGCUAAGUCGGGCAAAGUGAUCGGGCUAGACCUUAGUUUCAGCAACCUCCAUGGCCCGCUUAAAUCCAAGAGCAAUCUGUUUAGACUGCGUCAUCUCCGUGAUUUGAACCUUGCUUACAACAACUUCACCGGUUCGCCAAUCCCAGCUGAGUUUGAUAAACUCAUGGAGCUAAAAAGACUUAAUCUCUCCCAGUCUUCACUAUUAGGCCAAAUUCCAAUCAAGCUUCUUCAGCUAACCAAGUUGGUGUCUCUCGAUCUUUCUUCUUUUGAAUAUUAUGAUUCUCAUGAUUCUUCGUUUUUAUCCGUUGAUGAAUCCUUUCUUCAUCUACUUACUCAAAAUAUGAGGAAUCUUAGAGAACUGGAUAUGAGCGAUGUAAACAUUUCUUCAGAAAUCCCCCAUGAGUUUUCAAACAUGCGAUCUCUAAGGUUACUACAUCUUAGAAACUGUAACCUGUCUGGAGAAUUUCCAAGUAGCGUUCUUCUCAUACCGAGCUUACAGUCCAUUAUAUUAAGCCACAAUAUAAAUCUGAGAGGCAAUCUUCCUGUUUUUCGUGAACAUAACUCUUUGUCAGAGCUGACCAUUGAAAACACAACCUUUUCAGGGAAUAUUCCGUUUUCCCUUGGGAACCUUUCUUAUCUCUCUAUUCUCGAUCUUGGUUCGAAUAAUUUUGUUGGUGAAAUCCCAUCUUCAAUUGGCAAUCUAAAACAAUUGACCUAUUUUGAUGUUAGCUAUAACAAGCUCAGUGGAAACUUGCCAGCUUCGAUACUCAAUUUGACCCAACUACGUAGACUCUAUCUCUCUUCAAAUCAGUUCACAGGUUCCCUUCCACCAAUCAUCAGCCAAUUCUCCAAAUUAGAGUCUUUUUAUGUUGAAUAUAAUUCUUUUACGGGACCCAUUCUUUCAUCCCUACUCAAGAUUCCCUCAUUGACCCAGAUCUAUUUGAGUUAUAACAAAUUCACCGACCUUACUGGGAUUGGGAAUAUCUCUCUAUUACAUAAUUUACAAUACUUUAAGUUCGGUAGUAGAAAUUACAACGAAGUCGGUCCAGGAGUUGACUUAAAUGUCUUCUCGCCUCUCAAGCAGCUCUCCUCAUUACAUCUCCAAGGCAUCCCUCUCUCAACAGCAAACAUCACUUCUGAUUUGGAUUUUCCAUCAGAAUUGGAAGUAUUGUACUUGAGAGGCUGCAACAUCACUGAGUUCCCUGAGUUCAUAAGAAACAGAAGAAAUCUACAACAACUAGAUCUUUCCAACAACAAAAUCAAAGGUCAAAUACCAGACUGGUUGUGGAGACUACCAGAAUUGUCUUUUGUGGAUCUCUCUAACAACUCUCUCAGCGGUUUCAGUGGAUCCUUAAAAGUUUCUCCUGAGAGUCAAAUUAGUAACGUUGAUCUAAGCUCAAAUGCUUUCCAAGGACCACUCUUCAUCCCAUCCUCCAAGCAUCUCCAAUAUUUUUUUGGUUCUAAGAAUAACUUCACCGGGGAGAUACCUCGAUCAGUAUGUGGACUAAGCUCUCUAAAGGUUCUAUAUCUAUCAAACAACAACCUCAACGGCUCAAUUCCUCGGUGCUUAGAGACUCUGGUGAUGAGUUCUCUUUCAGAUCUAAUUCUCCGUAACAACAAACUCAGCGGGAUUCUUCCUGAAAUAUUUCAGAACGCCAAGAGCUUAACGUCAAUUGACGUCAGUCACAACCGAUUAGAGGGAAAAAUUCCUGCUUCUCUUGGUGGUUGCUCUGCCUUGGAAGUUUUGAACGUGGGAAGCAACACAUUCAACGACAUGUUUCCCUUCCACUUGAAUUCUUUGCAGAAACUUCAAGUUCUCGUCCUCCGCUCUAACAAGUUUCGUGGCAAAUUACAUAAUGCUGAUGGGGUCUGGUUUGGAUUUCCUCAGUUGAAAAUCAUUGAUGUUUCAUAUAAUGGCUUCUUUGGUACAUUGCCAUCUGAUUAUUUCCAGAACUGGACUGCGAUGUCCUCCAUGAGAGAUAAUAAUAUAAUGAUUUCACAUAAUGAUUUCUUCGGUGCAUUGGCAUCUCAUUUCAUUCGGAGUGGUUCAGGAAGCUACUACACUACUGUAUUGAUAAGUAAAGGAAUGUUAAUGGAGAUGGAACAUAUCCUAACAGUCUACACAACCAUCGAUUUUUCAGGAAAUCAACUCAAUGGACCAAUUCCUGAUUCUGUUGGUCUGCUGAAGGAGCUUUGUAUUCUCAACAUGUCAAGCAAUGCUUUCACGGGCCACAUCCCAUCUUCUUUGGCAAACCUGACGAAUCUGGAGUCAUUAGACCUAUCCCAAAACAUGAUUUCGGGUGAGAGUCGAAUAUGUGGACUAAGCUCUCUAGAGAUUCUAGAUCUAUCAAACAACAACUUCAACGGCUCAAUUCCUCGGUGUUUAGAGACUCUCAUGAGGUCUCUUUCAUAUCUGAAUCUCCGUAACAACAGACUGAGCGGCAUUCUUCCCGAUAUUUUUCAGAACGCCAAGAGCUUAACGUCAAUUGACGUCAGUCACAACCGAUUAGAGGGAAAAAUUCCUGCUUCUCUUAGUGGUUGCUCUGCCUUGGAAGUUUUGAAUGUAGGAAGCAACACAAUCAACGACAUGUUUCCCUUCCACUUGAAUUAUUUGCAGAAGCUUCAAGUUCUCGUCCUCCGCUCUAACAAGUUUCAUGGCACAUUACAUAACGCUGAUGGGGUUUGGUUUGGGUUUCCUCAGUUGAAAAUCAUUGAUGUAUCAUAUAAUGACUUCUUUGGUACAUUUCCAUCUGAUUACUUUUUGAACUGGACUACCAUGUCCUCCAUGAGAGAUAAUAAUAUAGAACCAGAGUACAUUCGGAGUGGUUCAGGAAGCUACUACUUUUCACUUGUGUUGAUGAGUAAAGGAGUGUCAAUGGAGAUGGAACGUAUCCUUACAAUCUUCACAGCCAUCGAUUUUUCAGGAAAUCAAUUAAAUGGACCAAUUCCUGAUUCUAUUGGUCUGCUUAAGGAGCUUCGUAAUCUCAACAUGUCAAGCAAUGGUUUCACGGGCCACAUCCCAUCUUCUUUGGCAAACUUGACGAAUCUUGAGUCACUUGACCUAUCCCAAAACAAGAUUUCUGGUUCCAUACCACAAGGCACACAAUUUCAACGACAAAAUUGCUCCUCUUAUGAAGGAAACCCCGGACUUGAUGGUCCUUCCCUUAAGGAUGUUUGUGGAGAUAUCAAAACACCACCACAACCCGAACUGGUGGAGACAAAAGAAGAAGAAGAAGAAGAAGAAUCAUUGAGUUGGGUAGCAGCAGGUUUAGGCUUUGGACCAGGAGUUUUAUUUGGGCUAGCGAUGAGAUACAUAACGGCUUUGUACAAGCAUGAGUGGUUCAUGAAGAUUUUUGGCCGGAGCAAGCAACAGAGCACCAGAACUCGUUAAGUCACUCAUCGAUAAAUUCUCUCUUCCGUAUCGCAUUGUUGUUAUAUAUGUUCAUAAAUAAUUUGUUUGAAUCGCAUGUUUUGAACUAUUAUUAAACCAAAGACUAGCAAAAAGAUUAAUUCAAUGA